AAGGCCCUUUUGUAUGUGUUGAAGAUCUUGCUUGUUUGAAUGAGUGGAGUCCGAAUUCACCUGCACAAGAGCAAAGUCACUAGCCUCGGGGGUGUUUCCGAGGAAAGCCCCUCCGAUGCCUAAGUAAGAAUGAUGCUCGGAUUCUAGAGAGAAGUUCUCUAGAAGAGUAGUCUUAAGGCGAUAAAUUGGACGUACCUUGAGGUGUGAGCCUUGGCGGCCUAUUUAUAGUGUUUGCACAAUAAAUGCCCAUAGGUCAUUUAUUGCUAUUGGGCCUUGGGCCUUGAUGGAUGGCUGACUAACCAUUGGUGGGUUUGAUGCUGUUUGUUUAGAGCCAUUGGGCUUUGGACUUAGUGGCCCAAUAGAGAAUCAAUUGGGAGCCCAAACAACAUGCCCCCCAGACCCGGUCCAUUUAGAAUUAAAUGGGUGGGUUUCCAGCUGUCAGAAGUCCGAAAGUUCCCUCUCUUUUUCUGAAAAGGGAUGAUUUGCAUUGAUGACAAGUGUUGGGAGUUGUAUUGCGCCGUGUAGAUCGUGGGUUGAGGAAGUUGAUGCGCCCCUUUUCUUUUCUAUAAAUACGGGGUGCAUUGCUCUUUUCGAACUUUUUACUCCUUCUUUCAAACCCUUUCUCUCUCUAAAUUCCGGCGAUCGCAGUGCGAUUUGUUUCUUCAGAUCUACGAAAUUCGGCCAACUUUGGACUUCGGGAACUUGUGCUGUUCGUUUUAUCGGCGAAUUCCGCUUCGGAAGAAGGUAAUUUGUUUCUGAAUUCUCCUUUUUUCUUCGUUUUUCCUUCUACCCCUCAAUCUCAACCCUAGACCGAGAAUUCGCGGCCAUGGCAAAGAAUAGGGGCAAGAGCAAGUUCGUCGUUGGUUCCUCUAGUGAGAGGGAGAACGUGCCUUCGGGAAGGUUACCGAAAACUUCGAGGGGUCGGCCUUCGGAGAGGCCAGUGGAGAGGCGUUCGACUGGUUGGGAUGCUUCGAAAGAUGAUGUUGUUGGCGGGUCUAGCGUGUCUGAACGCGCAACUUCUGGUAAAAAGGCUGGCUCUUCGGGUGUGCGCCGCUCCUACCCUGAGUUUCCAGUUCAUUGGACUGAAGCUGAUCCGCAGGGUAAGUAUGCCCCGAUUCUGCAUGAGACCACUAAGAUCGAUGGUCCCUUGGAAAAAUCGGUCAGUGGUGACUGGUUGGUGGAGGCGAAGCUGGGGCAUUACCAUCGGAGGGCCGAAGAGUUAUACGGAAUCCAGCACGCCUUGGGGUACUGGUGCGAGCUUCCCGACCAGGAGCGUCCUCGGGUGACUCAUCCGCCGAGGGGGUUCAUCUCUGUGUAUACUCAUCAUUUGGAGAACGGCCUCCGCUUUCCUUUGGAUCCCUUCAUAUCCGAGCUCCUGGUGUCGUAUAACAUCAGUUUGGCCCAGCUUACCCCCAAAUCUAUGAGGCACAUCAUCGGAUUUAGAUGGGUGUGCGAUUUUAUUAACUUUCCAUGCUCUGUUGCCGUGUUUCGGGAUCUGCACGAUCUGUCUUUCAACCACGCUUCCAAGGGGGAUGGGUAUGGUUGGUGGACCAUUAUCAACAAAAGAUCCCGAAGAAAGGGGGAGCCGAACUAUAUUACGGCCUACCCUUACCUCAGCUCUGAUCAUAACUGGAAGACGGAGUGGUUGUUCGUUCGUGUGCCGACAGAUCCGAAGCAUCCACAUUUUUACCGCCCUCCGAAGUGGUUUGUGACUCCUGAUCCUGAUAUGCGAAGCGUGGCUGCUCCGGAUCGGAACCAUCACCACUACGUGGAUCUCCUCCAGUGGUUUUUGGCUCGGGAGGACAACUACAAAUUGCCGUCCAACUGGCUCCCGAACCUCAACUAUAUCUUGCGGGAGGACAUUCUUGCUGUUGCCGGUCUCAGCAGGAUUUUUGACAGGGAGUACGGCUUCAGCUGCGUUGAUCCUGUGGUCUUGGGUAUUUCUUUGGAUCUGAAGACCAUUCACGACUCGGCCCCUGAUUAUAAGUUCGGGAAGGAGAAUCCUCGUAAUCCUCGCUUGAAGGAUUACGUGCUGUCUCCGUCGGGUGUCGCUCGGAUAUCUGAAGUUCGAGCUGAUCCGUGGGAUUCUGCCUCUUCUCCCGAAGCUGUUCCAGUGAAAGUCGUGCUCCCUGAUUUGAGGACAACCUCGGAUCCGGAUCAGCGCAAAAGGAAGAGCAGCACUCUUUUGAGGCCUUCUGCGCAUCCGAAGAAGGCGAAAGCUGAUCAGUCUUCGGAGAAGGAAGUGGUUUCGGAAGUCAUGCCUCCUCCCAAAAACCUCCUUCACUUCAUGCCCUUGCCCGGGCAGAAGUUGAAGAGUGUGGUGGUUGUGGAACCGCCUCCCGUGGACCAACCGCUGGCUGAGGAAGAUACCAUCCCUUCUCCGCUGAAGCCGUCUGCUGCUUUAGGGAUCGAGAUCCAGGAUAUAACCAAGGUGAUGGAGGCAAUUGAAGCCGACCUUGUUCCUGGCUCGGAUGUCCCUAUUGUGGCCGAGCAGAAGGAAGAAGCUGCUGACGUUUCUCUCGAAAGGGAGAAAAGUCCGGAUAAGGAGAUGGUGGAUCUCACCGAAGCUCACGUAGAGGUUCCCGAAGCUGAGAAGGAGGAACCCGAGCAGGGUCUGACGAGGAAGAGGCGUCAUUCGACCUUGGGCUCCACUUCGACCUCGGCCCUGGAUAGACUGAUCCACGCUGACCCUUGCUCGGAUGUUCCGCUGAAACGGAUCCCCGAGGAGGUAAGGGAAGCGAUGGCUCGCUAUGCCAGAGCUCCGGUUUUGGGGGAGAACCCCAUGGCUCACGUGGGAUCUUUGGUGGGUCCCGAAGCUGCACGGGAGAAUCUUCUUCGGGCCAACCCGCAGUGGAGGGUUCCUGGAGCUGAGGAGAGGAACCCAGCUAUGAUGGCCCAAUAUUAUCUGAAUGAGGCUGUUUUCUGGUCCUCGUUCGCUUCCGAGUGUAGCUCGGUUGAGGAAAGGCAGCUGAGGAGGUAUCAGGAGGCUUAUGCUCGUGAUAUCCCUGUCUUGGACCAGAAGGCUGGGCAGCUCAUGGCCGAGAUGGUGGACCUCAAGCAACUGUACCUUCAGUACAGUCGUGAGGCUAGGGAAGCGGCGGAACAGAUCGGGGCCGAAGUUGGGAGGCUCACUUUCCAAGUUGAAGAGGAUGCUGAAAAGAUAGCUUCCUUCGACAGGGAGAGGAAAGAAAUGGCCGCCAAGUUUGCGAGCGAACUUGAAGAAAAAGACAGUCUUCUCAAGGAGAUGACGUCUAAAUUUGAGGCGGCCAUUAAGCAGAGCCAGGAAGCGGAGGCGAGGCUUCAGCAGUUUAUCAAGCACCGGGAGAUUGUUCAGAAUCAAGCUGACAAGGUGCCCGUUCUCCAGCUGAAGAUCCGAGAGAAAGAUGCUGCCAUUCGGAAGUUGGAGCAAGAGAGAGUUGACCUCUACACUGCUGAUCAGUGUAGAGAGCAAUACUGGAAUGGCAUCCUGGGUGCUCGGCGGAUGUUCGCGAAGCACAUGCCUCAUUUCCCUUGGAAUGAGAAGGUUCCGCUCUGGAUGAGGGCCCAGGAUCACUUGGUGGAGUGCCAGGCCGAUCGAGACGAAGCUGAAGCUGAACGCCAAGCUGCUCUUGCAGAGGCUCGGGCCCAGAAGGCGGCUUCCGAAGGUGAUACUACUGCUGGGGGUUCUUCGAAGGAUGCUCCUCUGGGGGAUGCUCCUGAGACUCCCAAGAGCUAGGGAUUCGGGCAGUCGUCUUCUUCAGAGUCGGUCGGUUCCAGUUGAGGACUUCCGAACAUGUGCUUGCCUUUCCCCCCUUUUGCCUCGGCGCUGCGUUGUACUUAUUUCUUUUUUGUUUUCUUUAGUACUUCGGUAGGCCGGUAUUGUCUGUUGAUGGCUGCCGAUUUUAACUUGUUUCAUUUUGUUUUCAAUUUUUGAGGUUUUUCGAUGUAUUUGUACUUCCCCCAAAUAUUGAAUAAAAAAUGAAUGUUUGUUACUUGGCUGCUUCUUUUCAACUUGUUCUUUCGCAAUUUUUAGGUCUUUAAAUCCGUAGAUUUCUCGAGCUCCUCUUUCUGUAGACUUGCUAAAAACCUUUUGACCUUGCGAGCUCUUUAGAUCCGUAGAUCUGUUAAGAGACUUUUUAACCUUUGCGAGUUCUUCAAAUCCGUAGAUCUGCUAAGAGGCUCUUUGACUUUGCGAGUUCUUCAAAUCCGUAGAUCUGCUAAGAGACUCUUUAGUUUUGCGAGUUCUUCAAAUCCGUAGAUCUGCUAAGAGACUCUUUAGUUUUGCGAGUUCUUCAAAUCCGAAGAUCUGCUAAGAGACUCUUUAGUUUUGCGAGUUCUUCAAAUCCGUAGAUCUGCUAAGAGACUCUUUAGUUUCCAGACUCUUCAAAUCCGUCGAUCUGCUCAGAGGUCUGGAUUGUUCUUCCGAUCUCUUGUGGUUCGGAAACCUGGGCAAGAGAUCGCUAGUCUGCCUCUUUAGUUAUGCCUUCGGCGAUCCGUGGAUCUGAGCCGGAGUUUUAUAACUUGAUUCGAGCGACUGUUUGUUG